UUUUUUUUUAUGUGGCGACUCUGCGGGCUGUGUUUACACCUCUAGCGCGUCGUCUCGGCGUGACUCAGGUCGGAGCUGUGUUAUUCCUGCUAUUACUCGACCAAAUCACCAUUCUCCGUGCAGGAUAAGAUGAGAGGAGCAGCUCCUGCUUAAAAAGAAAACGCUGAUUAGAAUUAUUGCCUCUAUAGAAGGCACAAGGAAACUUCAUGUCCACAAAUGCAGCAGGUAAGAGUGGAACAGCUGCAAAAGUAGAACCACCAGCUACAAAGAUGGAAUCAUCUGCUGCAAAUGUAGGAACACCUACAAAAAAGGUGGUAACACGAGCUACAAAGGUUACAACACGUGCUUCAGUAGUGGCGCCUCCCGCUGCAAAAGUGGCGACUCCCGCUGCGAAGGUGGCGACUCCCGCUGCAAAAGUGGCGACUCCAGCUGCGAAGGUGGCGACUCCAGCUGCGAAGGUGGCGACUCCCGCUGCAAAGGUGGCGACUCCCGCUGCGAAGGUGGCGACUCCCGCUGCAAAGGUGGCGACUCCCGCUGCAAAGGGAGCAACGCCCGCUGUGAAGGUGGCAACACCCGCUCCAAAGGUGGCAACGCCUGCUCCGAAGGUGGCGACGCCAGCUGCGAAGGUGGCGACGCCCGCUGCGAAGGUGGCGACGCCCGCUGCGAAGGUGGCGACGCCCGCUGCGAAGGUGGCGACGCCCGCUGCGAAGGUGGCGACGCCCGCUACAAAGGUGGCAACGCCCGCUGCAGUGGUGACGCCCGCUACUAAAGUGGCGACACCCGCUGCAAAGGUGGCGACACCCGCUGCAAAGGUGGCGACACCCGCUGCAAAGGUGGCGACACUCGCUGCAAAGGUGGCGACACCCACUGCAAACGUGGCGACACCCACUGCAAAUGUGGCAACACCCACUGCAAAGGUGGCGACACCCGCUGCAAAGGUGGCGACACCCGCUGCAAAGGUGGCGACACCCGCUGCAAAGGUGGCGACACCCGCUGCAAAGGUGGCGACACCCGCUGCAAGUGUGACGACACCCACUGCAAACGUGGCAACACCCACUGCAAACGUGGCAACACCCGCUGCAAAGGUGGCAACGCCCGCUGCAAACGUGGCAACGCCUGCUGCAAACGUGGCAACGCCCGCUGCAAAUGUGGCAACGCCCGCUGCAAAGGUGGCAACGCCCGCUGCAAAGGUGGCAACGCCCGCUGCAAAGGUGGCAACACCCGCUGCAAACGUGGCAACGCCUACUGUGAAAGUGGCAGCUCCUGCUGCAAAGGUUGCAACCUCCGGUGGGAAGGAGGCUGCCCCCGCUGCAAAGGUGGCAACGCCUUCUUCAAAUGUGGUAACACCUACAAAUGCUUCAGUGCCCGAUACAAAAGUGGCAGCGCCUGGUGCAAAUGCAGCAACGUCUGCUACAAAGGGUGCAGCACCAUUGCAGCAGGUGGCACCAUGUAACGUGAAGGUGGAAGCACCUACUAUAAAUGUAACACCUGCCGCAAAGGUAGCACAGCCUGCUGCAAACAACACGCCACCUGUAACAAACAAUGCCCCGUCUACUCCAAACAAACCUGCAGAAUUAAAGGUGGGCACUAAUGUAAAUGCCGCUGCCAAUACCAAUAAGAAGAAAAAAAAUAAGAGAAAGAAGAAAAAUAAUGCCCCUCUCAACACAGCAAGUAGUACCAAUGCAACCCCCACAACUGCUGCCACCGCUGCUACCACUGCUGCUACCACCACUGCUGCUGCCCCCGUUACUGCCCCUGUUACUGCCCCUGCUGCUGCCACUGCAUCCUCAAAUACUGCCACUUCCACCACCACAACUACUCCCACUAACAAACCUAUUAAUAAUACCACUGCGUCUGCUAGCAAUGUCCAAAGUGCCAUGCCAAAUACCAAUGCAAAAGGUAAAAAAAGGAAGAGAAAGGCUAAAAUUGAUGCACAGAAUAUGCCUCCACCACAAAAGCAGCUUGUAAUCCAGAAUACAUUCAACAAACCUGCAGGGGCUCGAUUCCCUAAUACUGCGGGCUCACUUAAAAGGAAGCGAGAUGAUUCUCUAAGUGCUCGUGGAGGAGCACCAAAUCGACUCAAGAGUCGCCCUAACAGGAAAUUUAUAAAUACUACUGCUGUACGUGCCCAGCUGUAUCGUGGUGCUGGUGCAGAAGAUGAUUACUUUGGGUAUUGGGGCUCUGGAGGGAAGAAGGAGUAUGUCCGACAAUUCGGAGAAAUCGGAUCUGGCGUCGUUUUUCCAUCUUAUCUUGACACACCAGAAGAUAAUAUUAGUAAUAGUAGUAGAGGAAAUAAGAGAGGCAAGCUUAAUAAGAAUAGAGGAGGAUUUGGCCACUAUCAAGUCUCAAGUUACCAGACAGCCAUCCAGGGAUACUUUCCAGAUGAUGAUGGAUCUAGUGCAAAUGCCAUCCCUGUAUCAUGGAGUAAGGAGGGAGGAUUAAGGAAGACCUUCAGGGGAGGCAAACCCUUAACACCUGAUAGACGAAGCGCUAACACCAACCUGAUUGCACUGUCAAGGAAUAAAAGCGAGCUAAUGGAUUUUUCCACAGGACAAAGUGACUGGAGUCCAAGAGGAAGAGGAAAUGCUGGCCAAAGAGGAGGAUUUAAUGCUGGCCAGAGAGGAGGAAAUGUUGGUCAGAGAGGAGGCUUCAAUGCUGGUCAGAGAGGAGGCUUCAAUGCUGGCCAGAGGGGAAGCUUCAGUGCUGGUCAGAGAGGAGGCUUCAAUGAUGGUCAGAGAGAAGGUGGAAAUGCUGGUCAGAGAGGAGGUGGAAAUGCAGGUCAGAGAGGAGGUGGAAAUGCAGGUCAGAGAGGAGGAGGAAAUGCUGGUCAGAGAGGAGGAGGAAAUGCUGGUCAGAGAGGAGGAGGAAAUGCUGGUCAGAGAGGAGGAGGAAAUGCUGGUCAGAGAGGAGGAGGAAAUGCUGGUCAGAGAGGAGGAGGAAAUGCUGGUCAGAGAGGAGGAAAUGCAGGUCAGAGAGGAGGAGGAACUGCAGGUCAGAGAGGAGGAUUUAAUUCUGGUCAGAGAGGAGAAUCAAAUGCUGGUCCAAGAGGAAGAGGAAAUGCUGGUCAGAGAGGAUUUAAUUCUGGUCAGAGAGGAGAAUCAAAUGCUGGUCCAAGAGGAAGAGGAAAUGCUGGUCAGAGAGGAGGAUUCAAUUCUGGCCAGAGAGGAGAAUCAAAUGUUGGUCUAAGAGGAAGAAAUUCUGGUCCGGGAGGAAGAGGAAGUGCUGGUCCAAGAGGAGAAAAUGCCACCGGAAAUAAAAGCUCUCCUAAGUUUGGAAAUCGAAGUGCUUCCUAUGAAAGUAUUCGUGUUACCUUUAGGAGCGGAGGAAGUGCCUUUGAUGGUGAAGAUGGUAACUUUGGAGUGAGAAGUAGUUCCUUUGAAAAUUCAAGUGGUAACUUUGGAGUGAGAAGUAGUUCCUUUGAAAAUUCAAGUGGUAACUAUGGAAAUGAUAACUAUGGAAAUAACUAUAGAAACGAUAAGUAUGGUGAUGAUAACUUCAGAAGUGAAAAUGAAAACUUUGGAGGUAAAAACUAUAGAAAUGAAAAUGAUGACUUUGGAGGUAAAAACUACAGAAAUGAAAAUGAUAACUUUGGAGGUGGGACUUCAGGCCAUAGAUUAUCCUAUGAAUCCAGUGAGCCCCACACCACAAGUGGAAAUGCUGGUCAGUGGAACUGGGAAGACAAGAAUAAACCCCAAAAAGGAUACUCUAGUUUCCAGGAGCAAAAUCAGAGUACGUGGAGGUGUCCAGCUGACAAUCAACAACAUGCUUCGUCCAGUAAUGACAGGUAUCACGAGCAGCCACCGCCCCCAGCUUUUUAUAACUCUCCACAAACUGAAGUUGUCAGGCAUUCGUUAGAUUUUCCUCCACCCUCUUUCAAUAUGCCCAUAAGAUCUGAGGGUAUGAGGGGUUCAUACAGUGACCCUUCUUUGAAUAAUUCAGGAGCGUCUGAUAUAAGAUCUUCACAUAAUGAGCAUUCACAUUUCUCAAACACCCAAGGCUCUUACAGUGCUAAACACUCACAAAAUGAACCACCAGCCUAUUUUACUAGCCAAGGACCAAUGUACAAUUCAAAAUACCCUCAGAAUGAACCUUCAUCUUAUUAUAGUAAUCCAGUUUCUGAUAUGAAACCCCCUAUGAAUACCUCUCAGGAGAUGUCCAAUGUGCAUUCAUUGGCAUAUGAACCUCAUAAGUACACAAUGAACGAAAACUCCGACUUUCCCAGGACUGCAGGACAAUCGGGGUACCACACUGCACCCACUCCAUCUCAUGAUGUUAUGAGAUACUCAACAAGUGAGGGUUCAAACUUUAGUAAUGUUGGAAAAAGUAACAGUGAAAUAAGAUAUGCUUGGAGUGAAAAGCCACCCCCAGCAAACAUUCCUUCAACUUCUUCUUAUGGAAGGUAUUCACAGAAUGAAUCAUCUAACUACAAUAGUGGUCAGAUGUCUUCACCAGGAAGACAUUCGGCACGUCCACCUCCAGAUUUUAAUUCCUCUAAUACGUCAUUGAAUAAAAUGCAUUUAUCAAAUGAACCCAGUAAGUAUUUUAAGAGUACUGAAGUAUCUUCUAAUUCAAGAUACUCGGAAAAUGUGUCUUCACGUUACUUUACUGCUCCAUCUAACAAGGAUCAUAGUCUCUCUAUAAGUGAGCCUUCAAGUUUUGGCACUCGAGCAUCUUAUAAUGCCAGAGAUUCACUAAGCAACCAUUCAGAUUUUCUAGACUCGUCAGAAUCAUUGUAUGAUCAGAGAUAUUCUUUGAAUAAGCCAUUAUCUUCAAACCCAUAUACAACAAGCUCAUAUACAACAGGUUACAGUACAGGUAAUAGACAGUACUUAAAGGAAACCUCAAUGCCCAGUAACAAUCGCUCAGUGCCUACAAAAGAUCACCCAAUGAGUAAAUCUGCAUAUUUUAAGCCACGCAGUUCAUACCCAAAGUGAUAAAAAAGCACAGUCUUUCUCCAGAAGUCAAGCACUGUCUAACAUGAAGUUCCCACUGAAUUGACCAAGAACUAUAUUCAAAUCUUCAGUGUCUUCCAAGGGGAAAAAGUGUACUUUAAAUAGACCAACAUCCUGUAAUAGUACUUCAUGUAAUGUGAGACAUGGUUGAAAUAUAACUGAAGCUUACUAUAGUACUUCUGCAGAUACUUAACCAUUAUGCUACAUCUUAUGAAUUUAGAAAUGAAACUUAAUUCCAAGUACCAUUAGAGAUGUCAAUACCUGGUCAGACACAACUAAUAAAUGAGCUAGAAUUUGAUCAUCAACUGAGAAUGAGUUCACUGACUACUGUAUCUGAUAAUACCUUUAGUAUCAGAACAUAGUAAUGCAUUGAUUUUAAAUGUAUCUGUGAUCUUGAAUGUAUUUUUUUAAGGGAACUUGGGUCAAACUUGUCCAUGAUUAGUUUGCCUUCUUUUAUCAUAGCUUGACGACGAGGCUUUAAAUCUUUCAAAUUUGUCUCUGGGUUAGACUUUCUUAUUAAUGUUGAGAAAGUUAUAUAAAGCAUGUGUGGCAUGAUGACCAAACCACACAUUAGAAGAAGAAGAGACGAUGUUUCGGUCCGUCCUGAAACAAUUUAAAGGUUUGUGCAGGACCAUUAUCACACACGACUUGAUAAUGGUUCAAGAUGGACCGAAAUGUCGUCGUCCCUUCAUUUUCAGAUGUGUGGUUUGGUCAUCAUAUUCUCAGCCACAUUAUUGUGAAUACUUCUGCAUAUAUGGCAUGUAAAACUCGUCAUUAAAACCUGUUUCAUUUGACUUGCUGAUUGGCAGUGAAAUACCUAAAAUGUCAAGAAAAGCAAAAUCUUUUUUUAUUUAUUAACAUAACUGUAAUUUAUACAUUGUGCAGUUUGUGCAGCAGUUUAUAAAAAACUUUUUUGUUGCAACAUAUAUAUUAAUGUUAAUUUAGGAUUAUUGUAUAUUAAACUGUAUGAAAUCAGCAAUAGUGGCAUGUAUACUGUACAAAUUUUUGUUGACUGCUACGUAUAUGAGUUUCAACAUCAAACAAGUACUGAAUGGAAAAUUUAAAAAAAAAAAGUAAGCUAAUUUAUUGUAAGUGUUGCAUAGUACAUACAUAUUGUAUUAUAAUUUCAGUGUUUUAACUCUCCCAUCUGAUCUGGUUUAUUGAAGCAGCAUCACAAUUCAGCACUUGGCAAUGUCUAGAGUUAAAACAAAACAAAUUUCAUCUGAUCAAAUUACUUGUGAUUUUACGAAAUUUAUAAAAUACCUGGAAAAUCUGCAAGAGUGUCACACGGGGGGGAAUUUUCUGCAGUUAUUGACAUAUAUAUAUUAGCAUCUUUUGUUGCUGUCGGUGGGUAUUGGAAGCAACAGGCUACUCUCGAAAAGAAUACCUUUAUAAAGUUUGCACUACAAUAAAUGCCAAGAACAAAACAUUCAAGAUCUUUAUAUAUAUAAUGAAUGGUUUUAUGGAUAUUUUCACUGAUGUUAUAGGUUUAUUAUAUUUAUUUUCAUGCUUUUAUGUGUCACUGAGUUUGAAAAGUAAAGUGAGGCCCCCCCCCCCCCCCCCCCCCCCCAACACUGUAAAUGCUAAAAAAUAAUUGAGUUAGCUUGGCAUUUUUUGUUUGACCCCUUAAAUGGCUAAGCUAAUUAAAAUUCCUACAUUGUGGUACGCACGAAAAAAAAUAUAUUCAUAAUUUAUAAGGAUCAUUCACAUGUGAUGAUAUAAGCACAGGAUGCAAAUGAGGUAGUAUAUAGCAAUUGAAACCAUUUGAGGGUUAAGGCACAAUUUAGAGAACACGUGUUGUAACAAUUCGGUAAUUGAGUGGGCUGAUAUUUUAACGGGACAUUUUUGGACAAAAGAAUAAAAUAUCUUGAGAUAGAUCAGAGGGAAUAUUAGUACUGGUGGCAAACCAUAUACUGUACUUCUUUGGGUAUGGUAAUUGAUCGUCAAUGAUUUGAAGGGUCUGAGGCUUUGUUCAUUUUUUUAUUGUUAAUGUUAACUUACUGGGGAUAUUCAUUGAUUUGAAAUAUUGUGAAAGACAUCAUUCUUUCUGACUUUUUUGAGGAAAAUGAUUGUUCAGUCAUUUCUUCCUAAUCCAUAGAAGAACCACCUGCCUUCAGGAAAUACACUGUAACUCUGUUUUAGAAAUGAAAGUUUAAUGUGACUCAGAGGUUAGAUAAAUAAAGCCUAAAGAAAGAUAUAUUUAUUUAUUUCAACUCUGGCCAGGUUAUUAUUAAAAGAUGCUGAGCAUCUUUUCAACUCUGGCAGGGUUAAUCAUACCAAGAUGCUGGCAUCAUUUUGGUGGCAGCAUCAGUAGUGGUGAAUAUGGCAAGCAUUUAUUACUAACAAUGACAGUGGCAGCACUUAUGUUUUGUGGGACUGUGGUCUGGUUCCAUGGUCUUGUUUAGAUAAUUUCCGAGAAGUUUUGACUCGUUUAAGUUGGUCUUUGUUUAGUCCUAUUAUAAGAAAUGUUGACUCCUGGUUAAGUACAGUAUGUCCAAGUUUGUGGGGUGCUAGAGGAAGCAAGUAGUUGUAGUUAAUAGUGGCGAUUGGAUUAAUAGCAUAAAGGACCAUGUGGAUGAAUCUUACCAGUAUGUGAAAGCACUCUGGGUCACAAGCAUCGUGCAUUAACAUAGUAGGGGUAAUGAUAGUGAUAAUAGUUGGUUAGUACUAGUAGUUGUAAUAGUGGUGUACUCACAGUAUACAGUGGCAGUAUUUCUUGUCCUUCCAUCUGCUCAAUGUUUAAAAAGAAGAGACAUUGGAGCUUUCAAGUGCUUUGAUGAUCUAUUAUACUGUUUUUGAAUUAUGUAUUCACUCUUUUUUUUGUCUUUGAAUUAUAUUUUUGAGUAUAUUUUAACUUGAAUUCUGAACACUAUAACUUGUUUAAGGUACUGUACCCAUAAUAGCAGUUGCAUUUUAAGGAAACCGUUUAAUUUAAGCACUAGUUAAAUAAUAAUUUUAUUUGAACAACCCAAAAAUAUUUGACAUGCAUGCGAUAUGGCAUAGUUUAAAAUUGUCUUGGUGUGUAUAUUAUACAGUAUUUCUGAUCUUUGUGAUUUAGAGCUUGCUGUAAUGAAGACAAGUGUCUUGCUUCUUUACCACACAUUAAUUUGUUUAAAUUAUGGUUGGGGCUACCACGUGAGUUUCAUCAAAAUAGUUCAUUAUUUUUCAUAGUUCAUUAUUUUUCAUAAAACUUAUUUCCAAUCUUGAAGUUUUGUAUAGAUUUUACCCAGCUGUAAACUGAACCUUGAAACCUUUUCUUAAUAACAGAUUCUCCAAUUAUUUUAUUUUUAAUAUAUAUAUAUAUAUAUAUAUAUAUAUAUAUAUAUAUAUAUAUAUAUAUAUAUAUAUAUAUAUAUAUAUAUAUAUAUUUUUACUUUUGUGAUCAUAGCAGUCAUUGACUUUUAUGCUUGUGCCCUGGCUAGGGUAGGGAGUCGGAUACAAACAAUAUCGAAUAGGAGACUGAUUCCUCUCACAUUCCCAAGUCCACUGAAGAUGAAUACUACAACACUUCUGCCACCCUCUAUUUUAGUUUCUGAGCUGUCCAUGAGUUGACUAACCAAUAGGAAGGUUGAGAUGUCGUAUCUUUAUUGCCUCACAGCUUGUGUAGGUUGUAAUUAAAACCUUUGUUUGCCUACCUACCCCUAGAUGAUGAUGUAUAUACAGUAUAAUAAUUACUUGGUGUUCAAGCUGGUUAUAGGGGAACUAAGCUGUUUUAUAUAUACAUACUGGAAUUUGAAAGAAAUGUUAACAUUCUUCAAGCAAUUAUUUGACCAAAAAUUAUGCUUGAUUAAUGGCUUUGCUUUUGGUAUAGGCUUGUACCUUUACAUUAGAAAUGUUGAUAACCAAAGAGGAACAGUCUCUGCUUUUUCUCAAGAACAUUUGACUGUUAAAAAAAAUAUUCAUCUUUUUCCUCUUCUCAUUAUUGAAAUGCAGCAGGUGAUGUUAAUAACUAGGGACAUUUGUCCUGACCUAUGUGAUGAAAAUAUGAAAACAGUUUUGAGACAUUAUAUCAUUGUGUAGAAGGUAAUACAAAAGUUGAGACAUUUCAGUACAUAUUGUGUAGAAGGUAAAUACAAUGUGGAGACAUUUUUAGACAUACUGGACUGUAUUGCGUUGAGGGUUAUAUGAAGUGGAGACGUUUCUGUCACAUCAUAUUCAAGGCAAUUCAGUGAGCAUGUGGUAGUUUAUGGCUAUGGCUAUCCACAUUACUUACUAGAAUGCAAAGAGUCCUUUUUGAGAUAGAAAUUAUAGAUUUUGUAUAAAAAAAAUGAAAAGCAGUAGCUAUAUAGUGGUAUAUAGCAGUGCACAAAAAACAUCUAUUAUGCACCCAACAGUGAGAUGGAGAUUAUAAUGCGUGUUAUUGAUAGCUUAUACUGUAUUUCAGCGAAACUUUGUAGCAUAUACUUAUUGCACAUUGGAGCAGACUGUACAUAGUGUUACACUUCAACUAUACUGAAUCUUCCUCCUGAAUUGUUGCUUUAUGUUAAAAUUCUCAAUGUAAAUUUAUUCAUUUAUAAUAGAUAGCAGAAGAUUUUAUGGCAUAUGAUAAUUGGAUGAUGUACUUCACAUUUGAAUUCUCUUAAAAUGAUAAUGUCAAUAUUGUGCAGUUAUGAUAAUCAUGAGUAAAAAUAUUACUUAAUUUUUUAAAUGUUUCUAUAUUACUGGAAUAAGGCUGGUAAAGUUUAAAGAAUAAACAGGUGUUGAGUGUAA